GGGUUUGCCUCUCCUCUCUGCCCUAAUUUAGAGAAGAAGUGCACACCGGCGCUGUUGGGAUCUAGUUUCCUUGCCCCUGCGUCCAAACUGCUCCCGCAUUUGGAUCUAAUAGAAACCAGAAACCUCUUUUGCUGUGCGCAGGGAAGUCAAGGGGGGAAUGAGUAGCAGGGGGGAGCUACCGUGAGUCUUUCGGAGGAGACUGUGCCCCCCCGGUGCCAACAAGGCAGAGUGUCCGUGCUGCAGCGGAUCAUCACUUGGGGACCUGGGGACAAUAACAGAAAAGUACCGAGAUGGACCUGAAGCUGCUCUUGAUUGCCACAUUGCUUGGAGCUCUUCGUUGCGCUGAUGCUCAGAAAGAGGGGAACGAGUGCAUCAACGCCAAUGCCAAGUACUGCGGGGAGUGCAUCCAGGCGGGGGCCAAAUGUGGCUGGUGUAAAGAUCCGAACUUCCUGAAACAGGGCGAGACCGUCUCGACCCGCUGUGACGAGCUGCAGUCUCUGAUAAAAAGGGGCUGUGAUAAUGAGAUGAUCGAGAACCCGCACGGUAAACAGAAGAUCCUGAAAAACAAAAUGGUGACCCAUCGCAAAAAGGGAGCCGAGAAGCUGCGGCCAGAGGACAUCACUCAGAUUCAGCCUCAAAAACUCAGCCUCACCCUGCGAUCUGGUGAGCCCCAGUCUUUCAACUUGACGUUCAAGCGGGCAGAAGAUUAUCCCAUCGACCUGUACUACUUGAUGGACCUGUCCUACUCCAUGAAGGACGAUCUGGAAAAUGUCAAGAACCUAGGAACCAGUUUAAUGUUGGAAAUGUCAAAGAUCACUUCUGACUUCAGGAUUGGUUUCGGUUCCUUUGUGGAGAAGACAGUCAUGCCGUACAUCAGCACCACCCCUGCCAAGCUGUUGAACCCGUGCACAGGUGACCAGAACUGCACCAGCCCGUUCAGCUACAAGAACGUCCUGAAGCUGACCAAUGACGGCAAGAGGUUCAACAACCUCGUGGGCCAGCAGCACAUCUCCGGCAACCUGGACUCCCCCGAGGGUGGAUUCGAUGCCAUCAUGCAGGUGGCUGUGUGUGGGGAUCACAUCGGUUGGAGGAAUGUGACCCGUCUGCUGGUGUUCUCCACCGAUGCCGGCUUCCACUUUGCCGGCGACGGCAAGCUGGGCGGCAUCGUCCUGCCAAAUGACGGGAAAUGUCACCUGGAGAACAAUGCGUACACCAUGAGUCACUACUAUGACUAUCCUUCCAUUGCUCACCUGGUUCAGAAGCUGAGCGACAACAACAUCCAGACCAUUUUUGCAGUGACGGAGGAGUUUCAGCCGGUUUACCAAGAGCUGAAAAAUCUCAUACCCAAGUCUGCUGUGGGCACACUGUCAGCCAACUCAAGCAACGUAAUCAACCUUAUUAUAGACGCUUACAAUUCUCUCUCAUCUGAGGUUAUUCUGGAGAACAGCAAGCUCCCAGAGGGAGUGACCAUAUCAUACACGUCCCGCUGUAAGAAUGGGGUGGUUAGCGAGGGCGAAAGUGGAAGGAGGUGCUCCAACAUCUCUAUCGGAGAUGAGGUCAUGUUUAGCAUCAGUGUGACGUCUAAAGGCUGUCCGAAACUAGGCAAACCCGAGCACAUCAAGAUAAAGCCCCUCGGAUUUACAGAGGAGGUGGAGAUCAUCCUCAACUUCAUCUGUGAGUGUGAGUGCAACAAGGACGGCAUUAAGAACAGCCCACUGUGCCACUUUGGUAACGGGACCUACGAGUGUGGAGCCUGCAAGUGCAACGAAGGCCGUGUGGGCCGACAGUGUGAAUGCAGCAGCAACGACGUGGCCACGGAGGACAUGGACAGGACCUGCCGCAAGGACAACGGCACCGACAUCUGCAGCAACAACGGGGACUGUGUGUGCGGCGCGUGCGAGUGCAAGAAGAGAGACAACCCGGAGGAGAGGUACAGCGGCCCGUACUGCGAGUGUGACAACUUCAACUGUGACCGCUCUGGGAACAAGCUGUGCGGAGGGCACGGACGCUGUGAGUGCAGAGUGUGUGUCUGUGACCCCAUGUGGACCGGAAGCGCUUGCGAUUGUUCUCUUGACAACAGCACAUGCAUGGCGAGCAACAAGCAGAUCUGUAACGGCAGGGGAGCGUGCGAAUGCGGCACUUGCAAGUGCUCCGACCCCAAAUUCCAGGGUCCCACCUGUGAGACAUGUCCUACCUGUCCUGGAGUGUGCAUCGAACACAAAGAGUGCGUCCAGUGCCGGGCGUUUGGCACAGGCGAGAAGAAGGACACGUGUGAGAGGGACUGCAGCUACUUCAACCUGAUCAAGGUGAAGGACAGAGACAAGCUGCCCCAGCCCAACGACGCCUCCUACCCUGUGAUGCACUGCAAGGAGAGGGACGCCAACGACUGCUGGUUCUACUACACCUACGCUGUCAACAACAACACGGAGAAGGAGGUCCAUGUAGUGGACGCGCUGGACUGCCCCGCCGGACCUGACAUCAUUCCCAUUGUGGCGGGCGUGGUUGCCGGCAUCGUCCUGAUUGGCUUAGCCCUGCUGCUUAUCUGGAAGCUGCUGAUGAUCAUCCACGACCGACGAGAGUUCGCCAAGUUCGAGAAGGAGAAGAUGAACGCCAAAUGGGACACACAAGAAAACCCAAUAUACAAGAGUCCUGUCAAUCAGUUCCAGAACCCACAAUAUGGACGUAAAGCUGAUGCCCAUUAAGGUGAAAAUCCCAUCUACAAAAGUGCUGUCACAACGGUGGUCAAUCCCAAAUAUGAAGGGAAAUGAUGAAGCGUCAUAGUUUUUAAAGAACUCAAGUACUGUCAAGUUUAAGGGAGGGGGCUGUGGUGGAAUUCAUAUAAUGUCUUCUUGCUGCUUCACCAGUAUAACACACCAUGCGGCCACUGCAUCAGUAUUUUUCACUAACACUAACGAUUUAUUUGCAUUUGUUGUAUUCUUUUGUUGUAUUCGAGAUGUACAGUAUGUGUAUAUAUUUUAAUUUGCAAAUGUGCAAAAAGAAGAAAAAAAAACAUGACUGCUGGAAGACUGUUAUGGGCACAGGAUUUAUCUUUUGGUUUUGAGCAACACCAUGUGAACACUAUGGAUAUACGAUAUAUAUGUACAAGAACCUCUCAGCUUCUCUGUGUGCUCAUCCCUCUCUUUGCACUGACUUCCUGUGGUCAGAUAGGAUUUAGCUUUAAUGUGUAGCUGUCAGCCAUAGUAGCACAUAAUGCAAGUGAGUGUGUAUGAGAAUGUGUGGGUUACGUUGAAUUAGAGGAUACUAUACAGCAGAGGUGUGGACUCGAGUCAUGUGACUUGGACUCGAGUCAGACUCGAGUCAUGAAUUUGAUGACUUGAGACUCGACUCGACAAAACGUACAAAGACUUGCAACUCGACUUGGACUUGAACACCGAUGACUCGUGACUUGACUUGGACUCGAGCCUUUUGACUCGAGAAGACUUGCUACUUCCCAUGAAAACUGGGGGAAAACAUUUUCACACCACCGCGCCGCUCUGUUUAUCUGCAUCUGUCAAAAAAAUGUGCGCCACCUGUAUGCAGAGAGCGCGCGCUGCCUGCACGACAUCCAAUCACUGCAGUCCAUUUGACCGUAUCAACGAGACAGCGAGACAAAAAUCGGGAUUUUUGAACCCGGAUUCAGACUCCGAUGGAAAUCCUCGCCAACAUUAUGUCAACGUCCGUUUUAAAGUAGUGUAAUGAGCUGAGUUAAAGUUAUUAGUUAAUCAGUUAUGCAGAUGUUGCAUGUGUUCACGUUAUGCUCUGUUACCAGCUGUAGUUACGCGAGACAACCCGAGUUUUGGGGGGCCGUGUAUGCGGAAGUGUUCGUUCGGCGUGGUGACGGCCAACAGUGACCGAAGUUGAGUUGUUUUAUAUAAAUAAAUGCAGCGGAGUUGCAAGCCAGUCAUCGCCUCCUUAUUUACGCUGCAGCAUUGGGGUGAGCGUUAAAGUACUAUAACACAGUCACAGUCCAUCCACCAUUACCCUUCCCUUCGUAGUCUAGGUCUGUGAGGCAGCGCACCAUCACCCAGGGUUCCCUGUCCCCACUAUAAUAAAAGGACUCGAAAUGACUCGAAAUUUAAAUGGUACGACUUGUGACUCGACUCGAGACUUGUUGGCUGUGACUUGUGACUCACCUUGUGACUUGCUUCGUCCUUGACUCGACUUGACUCGGGACUCGAGGGCAAUGACUUAAGACUUGCUUGUGACUUGCCUAACAGUGACUUGAUCCCACCUCUGCUAUACAGUGGUUGUAAAUGUAGUUUUGAUCUGCAGCUUAGAGACACAUUGUAUUGCACUCUUAUUAAGAACUAUUUUCUAUUCUAAAAGAGAAAAUACAUAAGAUGAAGAUUAAUAUCAAUUAUCAUCAUUCGUAUUGUUGAUGUACUAUCACAAAGGAACUCUAUACCACUUGUUAACAUUCAGAAAUUGUGAGCAAUUGUAUAGUUAUGUUACAAAGAGCCGAUCAAUAUUGUCGGCCUUGUUAACUGCAGUAACCUCCUCAGGUCCUUUCCUGUACAAUCUUCAAGUGCGCCAAAUACAUUAUUUGUUCCGUGAACUUUAGAACUUGUUUGUGUGAGUCAAAACUGUCAGUGACAUUGUUCUGUUUCUUUAAGAUUGUGAGAUUCAAACAGGAGUAUUGGUUCGGACGUCACGUGAAUCACCUCGCUUUCACCCACCAAGCUCCCCUGAAGUACCACACACAAGCCUUUACACCCUUUUUUCAAAGUGCCUUUUUUAAAAUACUUUGUUCUCUCCCAAUACGGUUUGAGUUAUUUAUUAAAUAAAAUACAAAAGCUGUC